GGCAAGACAGCAACGAUCCAGACCAAAGGAGAUUUCGGGCACGACCAGAUGAGGACAGAUCACGUGAAGCCAGAAGACCAGCAGCAGUCAGAGAAAGCAAAAGAGACGGCCAAACCUAACGCAAAGAACAAGGACAAGACAUCGGACAUGGAUAAGAAGAAGAGCAAGGACGUUCACCCAGAAGGUGUCACGGAUAAGGGCAAGCAGAAUGAGAAGGAGAAAAAGAAGAAGGAGGAGGAGGAGGACAAGCAGGAGAUGGGGCGCAACAAGGCGAAGAAAGUGGAUACGAAAGACAUGGAGAAGAAGAAGAAGAAGGAUGACAAGCAAGAGACGGGGUGCAACGAGGCGAAGAAAGUGGAGACAAAAGACAGGGAGAAAAUGCAUAAGGAGGAGGCGAAGGACAAGCAUAAAAGAAAGGAUGGGACAAAGGACAAGGAACAUGUAAAUGACGAGAUGAAGGAGAAGGACAAGAAAAAGGAGGCGACGAAAGAGAAAAAGAAGAAGGAAGAGGCAAAAGAGAAAAAGCAGGAGACAUCGGACAAGAAGGAAUCAAAGCAAGCCAAGGAGAAGACAGACAAACAGCGCGAGAAAGAGAAGAAGAAACAGGAUGGUGAGACCCCCAAGGAUAAGGACCAGCAGAGUGAGCAUGCCGAGGACACAGGCGCCAAAAAACGAAAGAAGGAUGCAACUACAUAA